AUGUCUGAAAUUCUUAGGAUUCGUAGUCCUGAUAAUGGCUUCGACAUUUACCAUGCCUCCAACACGGGUACCGCUAACUUCCAUCUCCGCAACACACAUGUACCAAUGAAGAAGACCUCCAACACGGGUACCGCUAACUUCCAUCUCCGCAACACACAUGUACCAAGGAAGAAGAGCUCCAACACAGGUACCGCUAACUUCCAUCUCCGCAACACACAUGUACUAAGGAAGAAGAUCUCCAACACGGGUACCGCUAACUUCCAUCUCCGCAACACACAUGUACCAAGGAAGAAGAUCUCCAACACGGGUACCGCUAACUUCCAUCUCUCCGCAAGACAAAUGUACCAAGGAAGAAGACCUCCAACACGGACACAUGUACCAAGGAAGAAGACCUCCAACACGGGUACCGCUAACUUCCAUCUCCGCAAGACACAUGUACCAAGGAAGAAGAGCUCCAACACGGGUACCGCUAACUUCCAUCUCCGCAAGACACAUGUACCAAGGAAGAAGAGCUCCAACACGGGUACCGCUAACUUCCAUCUCCGCAACACACAUGUACCAAGGAAGAAGACCUCCAACACGGGUACCGCUAACUUCCAUCUCCGCAACACACAUGUACCAAGGAAGAAGAGCUCCAACACGUGUACCGCUAACUUCCAUCUCCACAACACACAUGUACCAAGGAAGAAGAGCUCCAACACGGGUACCGCUAACUUCCAUCUCCGCAACACACAUGUACCAAGGAAGAAGACCUCAAGGGCCGACGGUCCCCUUAAUUCCCAACACUGA